AUGAUCAACGACGCGUUAGGAAUUUGGUCGGUUGAUUCGAAUGCACAUAAGAACGAGAUCGCUCGCACUACUUUCCUCAAGGGAAACUUGUUGGCGGCAAUGGGCAAAAUGCAAAAAGCUUCUAUUGCCUUAAGAGUUGCUUGUCGCCUGAGGAAGGAGAUCACCGAGGAGGAUCGACUUUUGAAGAACUUGACGAUGAAAGACUUUGACGAGAUCGUUGCUUUUUGGGCCCGUUAA